AUGAAAACUGUGAUAUCCGCUGAUGAACUAGCUAAAAACGUUACCGAUGCAGAAGCACUUCUGGAUAGACUUCGAGAGUACAAGGGAGAGAUAGACGCAAUGGAAGAUAAUUUCAAACAGAUCGCUUUUUCCGGGCAAACUCUUCUAUCUGUGGGUACCCCAAAAAAUGAUGAGGUGGGAUGUUAUACAGCGUAUAGGAUUCGUCAUAAACUGGAACAACUCGAAAGUGAGAAGGUGGAUCUUCUUGCUUUAUGGAAAAACCGUCAAAUUCUUUACCAACAGUGCUUAGAUCUUCAGCUGUUCUAUCGUGACGCAGAACAAGCUGAGUUAUGGAUGAAAAGACAGGAGGCGUUCCUUGUUAACGAAGAUCUUGGUGAUUCUCUUGAUGACAACGAAUCACUUAUCAAAAAGCACGAAAGCUUCGAAAAAUCUUUGGCUGCUCAGGAGGGAACAAUCAGAGCGCUGGAUGAUUUUGCAACAAAAUUGAUCCAGGAAAGACAUUAUGCUGCUGAUCACGUCUCCAGAAGACGUCACGAUCUUCUGAAGAGACGUCGCCAAAUAUUGGAACGAUCAGCUUCGCGUGCUGGUAAACUCCACGAAAAUUACAAAAAAAUGACAUUCAGUCGUGAUUGCGAUGAACUGGAAUGCUGGAUCAAGGAGAAGCUGCAGACAGCUAAGGACGAAUCGUACCUUGAUCCAACAAAUAUUCAUGGAAAAUUGCAAAGACACAAAAACUUUGAGCGGGAUGUCAAGGCAAAUCGGGAUUGUUUGGAUAUAAUCAACAGCGUCGGGUUUCAAAUAAUCGAAGAUUGUCACCCUGAAGCCGAUGACGUACGACGCCGCCUUCGAGAUGUAGACGAGCUGUGGAAUGAGUUG